UCCUCGUUUUGUUUCAGAGAGAGAGAGAAAGAGACAAUCCUGCAACUAUCCACCCACCGACCCGGUCUGGUGACUGGCAUCAUCCGGGUUCAUUUCGUCCGGUUGACUUGUUCUUCUUGUCUACCAUAGUCUACCGUUAGCACUUUUCAAACUACUCCUUCAUUAAAGAGGGGAACCAUUUCCUGCCAACCCCUCCGAGGGACCAUGGAGCACUUCUUGCUGGCUUGAACCUUCGCCUUAUCUCCUCCCUCCCACGUCAUCUCCGACUCAUCAGCGAGCGCGAGGCCCUCGCGUCAGCAUCACCGCUAUCGGACCUUUCUGGACAUCUUUACUUUUUCUCCCCCUGCAGGUCUCGAGACGCCUAUUCUGCCUGACUGUCCAACUUUUGUGACAUUUGGGCUUUGCUUGUGGCUAUAUAGCCUUUCCCUCCCUUGCCUCCUCGCCAUCUGGUCCCAUCUCCUCAGUUCCGAACACGGUCACGCGGGGAAGAUCCACCGCGCGAUCGAUAAACUGUUCUUAUCUCGCUAUCUGCCUGUCCCUCCCUCCCCUCUCCCUCCCAACCAACGCCAGCCACUUCGGAUCAUCUUGCUGCUAUCGCCCAUCUGCCAAGUCAACCCAUGGCGUUUCGUCUACCCCCCCAAGUCCCCCGUCGACGCCCUUCCUAUUCCAACUCCCUCCCUUCCCCCGCCCCCGAUAUCACCUCUCCUCUCUCGCUACUACCGGAGAAUGAAGCUACAGAAUGGGUGCUCUUCUCGCCGACCCAACAACCCUCCACCAUCGCCCGCACGCAUACCACCUCUACUGAUCGCAGCCCACGAACACAAGGCGUCUCCCGCUUAAGUGAUUUUGGCUCGUUUGGCACGGCAACUCGAUCCGCGAUCGGCCCAGAAAGCGAGAGCGUGGAUGAUGCUCUCGAUGAGCCGUUGGACGAUGAUGGGACGGAACUAGAUAGUCUAGACGAUGGGCUUCACGCCUUUCGAGCCCCGUCUUUGGUCCAAGAAGACCAAGGGGCUCCUGCGGUUCUCCCGGCUCAUGAUGGACUGGGGAGUUUUCAGGCCUCUAGCCAGGUCGUGCAAAAUCAGUUGUGGCAGCACGAACAGUACAACCCCAAUCGGAGGCCCGACCUACAGCCACGUCGUCGCUCAAGUGUCCAGCGUCAGUUAGACAUGGUCGCAAAUGAAGAAGAGGCGGACAUGGAGAGAGAACGAUGGCAGCGCAUUGAGAAAUGGAGAAUGGAACAGAGCCGGGUAUUGUUACAGGAGAUCGAGAAAGCAACGCGCAGACGGCGUGAUAGUCGUGCCAGUGGCAUAACUGACCCCGUUGUGUCUUACCCGACGGUUUCGGACGUUCCAGAUGCGGUCCUUGAGACCCCCAAGGAGUCAGAGACUGCUUCGACGGCAAAUCAAGAAGAAGACGGGGACGAGUCUCUGUUGCAGCGAAUAACCCGCAAGGUCAUCCGCGACCUCAUCGGGAUCGACGAUUCGCUGCUAUCGGUGAUUUUUGGGGAAUCAUUGCCCUCCACUGAAGAUGACGAGCCGAUUUCAGCGAGGGAAUAUGCAUCGAACAUCGAGGCACUCAACCAGGAGCUGGACUCCGUGCCGGAAGACCAUCCUAUUUGGCAGAGUAAAGUGCUGCAACGCAUCGCCCACGAGCUGGGGAUUCUCGUCAACCAGCUGUGCGAACAUCCCGGUGCAUUUACGACCUAUCUGAACAUGUCCAGAGAGAUCCCGAAUCAGUAUGCUGGCAUACCUCUCGAUCGCGUGCCAGAAGAGGGCGACGCUCCUUCUGCUUCGGUGGGUCCUACCAAUCUGGAGUCCACCAUGAACACCGAAUCGGUCCUCUCUCCACACUUUUCGCCUACUCUUGGCGAUCCCAGUAGUCGAGAACAUGCGGCGCAAUGGGGCAUCGAGGAUGACGAUUUCGUACAUCGUUCAGCCAGCAAUUCCGCGGCUGAGCCGUUGGCUGAAUCGGCACGGGCCCAACAGGAGAAGGAGUAUUGGGAGCGAGAGCUGGAUGUUCGGAUGGUCUUUCGGUACCUGCGGAACCGAUUUACCCACCGGGGCAGCAACAACGACCCUUAUCACAGCACCCCCCGCAGAGCCCCGCAAGAUGCAUCUCGCCGCGCGGCAAUCAUCCGGCAGCACCAUCCGCUCGUUGCCCGAGCGCAUUCGCGCUCUCAGGCGCAGAUUCGCCGGCAAUCGCAGUACUCGCAUCACUCCGGACCAACCGGGGUGUCGUCGCCCAUCAUGCGUCCGCAUUACCGUCGCCCCAGUUCUAGCUGUGCCAGCCAGAGUGCCAAGCUGUCUGCCAUUUCCAGCCGCCGGACGCUUACCGGUUCCAGUCGCAAUUACUGGGACAUUGGGGGCAGCGUGGACAGCGGGAGUGCUGUGGCGCCCGUUGCAGCCGGCCUGGGAGGCUGGGGCGAGGUGUGAGAUGAGAGCUGGUUCUUUUCAUUCUGUCUAUAGACCCCUCUUCUUUUGGAUACAUAUUGCACAUUGGCUCUUUAUAUUUAUUUCAAUAAUGACUCUAUCAUAUCUGUUUGGUGUUGUGGUGUUUCUAACCUCUGAACCUUACAUACAUCGUACAUGGAAGAAUCGGGGGACGAUUUGCAUAUUUUUUCUUUCCUUGGGCUAUAUGUGGGCUGUAUUAUGCAUGAGCCACAUGGUCUAUGGAGAUUCUGGAACAUCACAUAUAUAUUGCACGCACUGUGGCACUUGUCCGGCUAGAAAAAUUUUCCCUUGGGCGGCGAUUUUGGGGCGCAGGGGCAAUGGGAUGCAUUUUGCGAAUGGGAAAAGGUGCAUAUCGACGGCGUCCGUGGUAGAGGGGCAGAUCUGAACUAUGCCUCGGAGCGCAUCGGACAGGAUCGGAGGAAUCAGAGGAGCACACCAUUUCUGGCAAUAAUAGACAAGGGACAUGAAUGUACAUAGUGUGAAUGUGUGAGAUAUCACUCGGACUAAUUGCAUGCCAUCACUAGCUUCGAUGAGAUAAAUUUCAGCUGAAGGACGGCUGGCUCAGCCGCGUCAGGAAUAAAUGAUUUGGAAAAAAUAAUCAUGAUCGCGCCU